ACACAAACAAAUUCAAGUGUUCUUCUCUUCCUCAGAAAAACAUAACAUAAUAUUAAUAAUGGAAGGAGAUAAAUGUUGUUCAAGUUCAUUUCAAAGAUGCAAGCCAUACAUAGCUAUGAUUUGUCUACAAUUUGGUUUUGCUGGUAUGAAUAUAAUAACAAAAGUAUCACUCAACCGUGGAAUGAGUCACUAUGUUCUUGUUGUUUAUAGACACGCUUUUGCUACCGCGGCUAUUGCGCCUUUUGCUAUUGUUCUUGAGAGGAAGAUAAGGCCAAGGAUUACAUUUCUUAUGUUCAUACAAAUGUUCGUCUUGGGACUCCUCGGGCUUGUGAUUCAGAAUCUAUACUAUGCUGGGUUGAAAUUUACAUCUCCAACAUACUCAUGUGCUAUUAGCAAUAUUCUCCCUGCUAUCACAUUUGUAAUGGCUGUUAUUUUUAGGAUGGAGAAAUUGGACAUUAAAAAAUUAAGAUGCCAAGUAAAGGUGAUUGGAACUGUAAUUACAGUUGCAGGGGCUAUGGUGAUGACAUUAUACAAAGGACAAGUUAUUCAAAUUUUGAGUGCUCAAUACAUGCAUCAUCCUAGAAAUUAUGUACCUGAAAACAAUACUGAUUCUGGUGAAAAGGAUUGGGUCAAGGGUUCUAUUUUCCUCAUAAUUGCGACGUUUGCUUGGUCUUGUUUCUUCAUCCUUCAAGCUGUUACAUUAAGGAAAUUCUCAGCACCGCUUUCACUGGCAGCCAUAGUGUGCUUCUUGGGAACACUUCAAUCAAUUGCAGUAACAUAUGUUAUGGAGAGUAACCCAAAUGUUUGGAACAUUGGUUGGGAUAUAAACCUAUUAGCAGCAGCCUAUGCUGGUAUAAUAUCAUCAGGUCUUACAUAUUAUGUUCAAGGAAUUGUGAUGCAAAAGAAAGGACCUGUUUUUGUGACUGCUUUUAGUCCUUUGAUGAUGAUCAUUGUAGCUAUCAUGGGCACUUUCAUCCUUGCUGAAAAAUUAUACCUUGGAGGUGUUAUUGGAGCAAUUUUGAUUGUAAUAGGACUUUAUUCAGUUCUAUGGGGCAAAAACAAAGAGAUUGAAGCAGAGACAAUAAAAGAAGGAACCAAGUGUUGCGUAGAAAAAGGAGUGUUGGAAACAGUGAUUGAAGGUGUUGAAAUAAAUGACAUUGAAGUGCAAAAGGACGAACCUACUAAAGUUUUAAGGGUGACAAUUGUUAGUGCUCCAAAAGUUUAAACGUGUAGAUAUUUUAAGAGAUUAUUAUAGGUGGCUGAGAAAUUGGGGGUUUUUUGUUUUGUGUACCUUCUUUAUCUUCUUCAUCAUAACCACUACCUUUCUUUGGAAAACUUUGGUAAAGCAUUUUUGGUGGUUGAUUAGGACCAUUAAGUGUGGGCCCGGUUGUUCAUAAUGUAGAUUAAUUAAAUUUUGUAUACUUGUAUGUUGUUCAAAAGAAAAUUAUAUUGCAAAUCUCUCUUACAAUUUGUCAUGUUGCAUAAUCAUUGAGCCUAAUGCUCUGUUUGGAUAAAAAGAGAAAGUGAAAGAAAAGAAAGAGGAAA